CCACAGGGCCAUAUGCAGGCGCAACCGUACCUAAUGUCCACGGUACGUUCAUCUGGGACUUUCGCAAGUACGGAGAUCCAUUUAUCGCCGACCACGGACCCCGCCUUGUUCACGGAAGAAAGGUAACGCCUCAUUUGGGCGAUGCAGCUGCUGUCAAAGAGUAGGCGGAUAAUUCGAUCCCGAUGGGAAGCAGACACCAAUAAAAUGGACAGUAAUCGGUGGACGUCGCUGUUCAGCGCUUCAGGUUUACUUGACCUCGCAAUCUCUGCCAUUCUUUGCCAUGACACAGUCUCCCACUCUCCUUCUCGCUCAGGAAGCAGUGAUAACCUUCCUGGACAACGUCGACAUCUACCUUCCGAAGUACACUCGCGACCGGGAGCUUGAACGACGCGUCAACGAGGUUGUCUGCCAGUGGGGAGGCGAACGCGCCAUGCACCCCUACGUCGUGCCGGCGACCAUCCUCACGAUCACCGCAUACUCCCACAUUACUGACAUGGAGACGAAGGUGCUCAUCACCAUCUUCACGACCUUCAUCGCUAUCAUGGACGACCCCGAGUUCUUCGACGGGCUUACUCCCGCGGAUUUCCACCGCAACAUGUGCGCCGGCGUCGUCCAGCGAGAUCACGGUCUCCUCGGGGAGUUCACCAAGGUGCUCGGGCGCAUGUGGGACCACUAUCCAGGCUUCACGGCGAACACGAUAUACACGUCCGCGCUCCGGUUCAUCAACGCGUCCGUCAUGGAGAACGAGUGGCAGGGCGCUGUGCUCUGCCGGGACGCACGUCCGUUCGUGGAGUACAAGCGCAGCAUGACGGCGACCACUGAGGCCUACGCAUGCUUCAUCUGGCCAACGGCGCAGUUUCCAGACUACAAGGCAUACGUGCAAGCCAUCCCCGAUACAAUGUUGUACGUGAGCUACGUGAAUGACAUCUUGUCCUUCUACAAAGAAGAGCUCGCGGGAGAAACGGACAACUACAUCCACGAACGCGCGCUCGCCACGGGGCGGUUAACAGCGGACGUCCUUCAGGAAGUCAUUGACGAGACCGUCGCUGCAAUUAAGCGUGUUCGUUCUGUACUUGGAGACGCAGAAGCGCGGGCGGCAUGGGAGAAUUUCGCGGCAGGGUACAUCAGGGUGCACACUGACAAUCCUCGGUAUCGUCUCAAGGAUAUACUGGGAGGCGAGUAUCUGCUCGAUAUCUCGAGUGACUGAAUUCUGGGUAUCAUCCUGGGCUAUUGCGAGUCAUCGGCUCCACUCAUAUCCAUAAGGUACUAGAUAUAGAAUCAUGCUGUUUAUGAUUUUAAAAGGCUUGCCAUUCGGUGGGCGCACGUCGAGGCAAUAUUAC